UCUUCAUAACCACAUCCUUUCUGUCUCUGUGUCUCUAAGAUGGCUGUCAGCCCUUUUAUCAUCAUCUGCUUCCUAUCGCUGACUGGCUAUGGCUCAUCCCACCCUUCUCCUCCUCCUCGAGGGUGCAGUGAGAAUGUGGAACCUCCGUACAGAGUGCUGUGUGACCUGGAGUCGGUUUGGGGUGUUGUUCUGGAGGCAGUGGCCUGUAGUGGCGGCCUCACCUCUGUGGUCCUCUCUGUGCUCCUGCUGGUCAAACUUCGCUCCAUUUCUGACCCCGCCAGGCGCUCCGGCCUGGGGCCUCUGCUCCUGCUCCUGGGCACACUCCUCGGGCUUUUCACCAUCUCUCUGGCCUUCCUGGUGGGGAAGAACCAGGCACUCUGUGUGGUCCGCAGGGCCUUUUGGGGGCCCCUCUUUGCCCUCUGCUUCUCCAGCUUGCUAGUCCAGGGGGUGAGGCUCAGGAGGCUGGUGGCUGGCAAGUCGAGCCCAUCGGGCAGCUCCCUGGCAGCGCUGGGUCUGGCCUUGGCCUUGGUUCAGGGGAUCAUUUCUGCCGAAUGGGUCCUGCUGACAGUCGUUAGGGAAGGUCACCCAGCCUGCGAAUAUCCACCUUUAGACUUUGCUCUGACAUGCAGCUACACCCUGGGGCUACUUCUCAUAGCCAUGGGGCUUUCCCUGGGGGUGGUGCUCUGUGGAGGAGAGUUCGGGGCAGAGGGAGCGGGUGAGGAAGAUAGAGAAGAAGAGAGUGAAAAACGGAGAUGGAAGUGUAACGCUGUCUGGCUCUUCCUGUCCUGUCUGGCAUCAGCAUUGCUAUGGGUGGCCUGGCUGGGGUUUUAUCUUUACGGCAGCCAGGCACUGAGGGUUAAAGGGAAAGGGGAAAGAUUGGGAGGAGGAGGAAAGAAGGAUGUAAAGGUGUUGGACGAGCCUGCGCUAGCGGUGGCCCUGGUCAUUCAGGGCUGGAUUCUGCUGCUGUUCCACGCUAUUCCAGAGGCGCACCUGUGUCUCCGUAAACCUCCACAAUCCAACACGCAAGAUUUCUUUGACACCAGUCAGACGUCCCCUCCUCCACAUUUCGGAGAUGAGCUCCCUGCACACUCUCACCGGCCCUUCCCAGAAAACCAGGCCUUUGCUCUGGAGGAGCACAGUGCAACUCUCCGAAGUGGAACAUACCACAGCAGCCAUGGGAGUAUGCGUCCUGGCAUUGCCUUCAGAGGUCACGUCUACCAACCAACUGAAAUGGCUCUAGUCAUGAAUGGUGGCACAAUGCCCACAGCCCCAGUUAACUACACUGGACGACGAUUAUGGUAAAGUGGGACAAAACUUGAGGAGGAUAUACACCGGUGUCACAUGUGUGAUAGAAGAAUUUCCUUUUGCCUAAGAAGGAGAAAGAGAUAUCAAAGACAUAACAUAUCACACUGGAUGGAUUGGUGGGAGCAAAAUAAGUUUAAUGUAUUUGUGUUUCUGCAUACAUGUAUGAAUUUUAAAUACAAACCGCAAUAGUAUUUUUGCUGAGAUUGUCUCAUUUGCCUCUUUAUGACCAGACUGAACAUGAAACGACAAGAGAUGGAGGUGAGAGUGAAGCAGCUUCCACAGUUUAGGAUACAGUGCAUUACUUUGAUCAGCUCAGAUCAGCAUAUAGUGUUGUGUGUAAUAUGUGAAUAUGCUGAGAAGAAGUGUUCAAGGAGCACUAAUGUUGUUAGAUAUGAGGUAUAUAUACAUAGCCUAUGAAGAUCAAAAACCACUGUCCAUUGUGAUACUGAAGGAAAGUAACUGAAAUAGCUGCUGUUGGACCAUAAGAGAGUAAAGAUUAAAGCAGGAUUUGAAUGUAGGAAAGAAAACACUUUGUCUGUCUGAGCAGCUCUAAACCACUGCUGUUACCUUCUGAUGUUUAUUCGCUUCAUAAAACCUCACUGUCCUUCUCUUUCUGGUUGGUUUCAAGCUCCAACUC